AUGCUUGCUUUGAUCAAUCGCAUCCUUGAUUGGAUUAAAAGCUUGUUUUGGAAGGAGGAGAUGGAGCUGACACUAGUUGGAUUGCAGUAUUCGGGAAAAACAACUUUUGUUAACGUCAUUGCCUCAGGUCAGUUUAGCGAAGACAUGAUUCCUACCGUGGGCUUCAAUAUGCGCAAAAUCACCAAAGGAAAUGUCACUAUUAAGGUCUGGGAUAUCGGUGGACAGCCAAGAUUCCGUUCUAUGUGGGAGAGAUACUGCCGAGGCGUCAAUGCUAUUGUUUACAUGGUGGACGCCGCGGACCCCGACAAAAUCGAGGCGUCGCGCAACGAGUUGCACAGCCUACUGGAGAAGCAACAGCUCACCGGCAUUCCUGUUCUGGUGCUGGGCAACAAACGCGACCUGCCGCACGCGCUCGAUGAACACGGCCUUAUUGAGCGGAUGAACCUAUCGGCUAUCCAAGACCGUGAGAUCUGCUGCUAUUCAAUUUCGUGCAAAGAGAAGGACAAUAUAGACAUCACGCUACAAUGGCUCAUCGCGCACAGUAAGAUGAGAAUAAAUGCAGCUGAACCGAGUUUGAAUCAGAUAUUAAUUUAA